UGAAUGACGCAAAGUGACAGUCAUUUGUAACACGACGCUGUUAACAAAGAAAUUUCACGACAGCCAAUAUUAGAAAUGUAACUAUGUUCUAGUAUAGAUUCAGAAUCUCACAUAUGGCUGUCUCUGGUACUAGGUUAACGUUGUUUACAAGGAUCAUAUUAACUUUUUAUGGAGCGUAGUUUUUAUCGAAUAAUCGUUUAAAAUGAAUUUAAAUAUUUAUGAUGUGAUGGAAGAAGAUCGGAUCUAUUCCGUGCAAAUUUCUGGUAUCGCUCGAUUUGUCGAAAUCGGUGAAAAGUGAUAUCAGAGAAACAUGAUUCUCAGCCGCCUGUGAUAAUAGUUUCGCUUUUCUUCAAAUAAUUGGAAUCUCAGAAGCGGUGUAGCUGUUUAAUAAUAGUGUUUAAAACACUUUUAGCAUAGAUACUUUGUGUAAAAUGGAGUGCAAAAUCGACGAUUUACCAGACGUGCUUUUAGAGUAUAUUUUAAGCUUGAUUCCACCUUAUAAAGAUCUGCAAGAAUGUAAGCUUGUGUCCAAAAGGUGGUUUCAUGCUACUAGAAAUGUAAUACAGCAUAACAAAGCACAUUUUCAAAAAUCAGUGGCUUAUGGAUCAUUACUUUGGAGUGCUUGGCCGUCCAUACAUUGGAUGCCUACUAUAGGAAAAAGACACUCCCAUUCAGCUUGCAUUUAUGAUAAUUCUAUGUAUGUCUUUGGAGGAUGUACAGCUACAUGUACAACAUUUAACGACUUAUGGAGAUUAGACCUGGAUACAAGAACAUGGGUCAGAUUAAUUACCAUGGGAAGUUACCCGUCUCCUAAAGCUAGUGCUACUAUGUUAUAUUAUAAAAAGAGCUUUAUAUUAUUCGGUGGAUGGUCUCAUCCAUCACCUUAUCCUUUGCAUCAGCAACGGAAAUUAUUCAAUGAAUUACAUGUAUAUUCUAUAGAAUCUAAUAAAUGGAUUGUUAUAAAUACAUUGGAGACACCUCCACCCACAUCAGCACAUUCUGCAUCUAUUCACAAAAAUAAUAUGGUUGUGUUUGGUGGCAUAUGCAACGGAUAUAGAUCCAAUGACAUAUGGUGUUUGAACUUAGACUCUUAUAGUUGGCACAAGCAAACUACAUCAAAUAUAAAACCACAGCCACGUUAUGGUCAGUCUCAAAUUGAAUUAGGAGACUAUCAUCUUCUUAUACUAGGUGGUUGUACUGGACCUAAUGUUGCUAUGAACGAUGCCUGGCUUUUGAAAAUGGAAGGUGCAACUUGGACAUGGAGGAAAGUAAUUAUGCACAAUAUAGAAUGGGCACCAACACGAAUUUGGGGUCAUCAGGCUUGUAAGGUGGGAAAUUACGUUAUUGUUCUAAGUAUACAAAAAUCUCAGAGAAGGUCAAACGACGUGAAUAUAUCGUUGAAGAAUGUUACUAGUCAAAGAACAGCUCCAUCGCGAACGUGUGAUUUUGCCACUAUAUUCGAAAGACCAGAAAAUGUACCCCGUAUCGACAGGGAUGUAAAUGUGAAUGGUCGGCAUGGAUCAUUCUCAAGAGCCUCUGCGAUGAACGCGCACUCGUCUUCUCAUCCUCCUAACCUUGCAAACUUAACAUUGCGAAACGAUAAUGUUUUAGGCAUGGCUGCUUUCCGUGCUAAAUCAAUACGCCACGAACGAUAUCGGCAAUGCCAGUUAGAACUACUCCGGAGCUUCGAAGAGAGAAUUCGAAAUCUAAGGACACAGUCGAAAACUACGAAACGAGCUGGAAACACGCUGUCCAUUUUUAUAUUAGAUAUUACGAAUGUUUUAUGCGACGAGUGCACUGCUUCGUGGAUUCCUUUAAAGUACAAUAAUCAAACGGGCCCCGACGAGAGGAUACUUUAUUCGCUAGUUGCAGGUCGGGGUGAACUGAUAGUAUUUGGUGGCAUUCGUAGAGAAGAGACGUCUUUGCAAAAUCAUCCGGACAUGGAUGAGGUCUACAAUGAUCUGCAUUUUAUAAAUCCGCCGAGAUACGUUAUUUAAUAUUCUAUAAUAAAAGACAAUACUAAGGUGUUAGUAUUACGAUGACUGUAGUGUGUGACAGAACAGUAUUUGCUGAGGAUUAUUUUAAUGUUGAAAGUAAAUGCAGUGCACUAGCUUAAGGAAAUUUUAUAAGUAUCUUGUGAUAAAUAUUUAAAAUGUUGAUUUAUAUCUUUUUGAAAAGAGAUGUCUCGAAUAAAAUCUAAUUCUUUUUAUAACAUGACAAGGAUUUACGGCAUGUUAGUUUUUAUUAAACUAUACGCAUGCAAUUAUAAAUCCACUAGAUUUUAUUAUAAAAUCGUUUAUUUACAUUAUUCUCCGUGUCAUGUAAUCUGUAAAAUGAUUUUAAUCGUCUUCACCUAUAGCUGUUUUUAAACUACCGAAUACUUGCGAUGGUAUCAUUUGUUUCUCAAUAGGUAUAUCUGAAAGUAAAAAUAUUCAAUUAAAGAAAAACAAAUUACGAAAUGUGUAUGUUGAUAUAAAAGAAAUUGUCCAGAACGAUUUAUAAACGCAUCACAUAUGAACAAACGUAAUAAAAGC